AUGUCACCUGGAGAAAAACUGGACCCACUUCCUGACAUCUUCAUCUUGCAGCCACCUGUCUUCCAUCCGGUGGUUCCUUAUGUGACAACCAUUUUCGGCGGCCUGCGUGCAGGCAAGAUGGUCAUGCUCCAGGGAAUGGUCCCUGAAGAUGCACACAGGUUCCAGGUGGACUUCCAGUGCGGCUGCAGCCUGCAUCCCCGGCCCGAUAUCGCUAUCCACUUCAACCCUCGCUUCCACACCACCAAGCCCCACGUUAUCUGCAACACCCUGCAGCACGGGCGCUGGCAAGCCGAGGCCCGGUGGCCCCACCUGACCCUGCAGAGAGGAGCCAGCUUCCUCAUUCUCUUUCUCUUUGGAAACGAGGAAAUGAAGGUGAGUGUGAACGGACAACAUUUUCUCCACUACCACUAUCGGCUCCCGCUGUCUCGUGUGGACACUCUGGGCAUAUUUGGCAACAUCUUGGUGGAGGCCAUCGGAUUCCUGAACAUAAAUCCGUUUGCGGAGGGCGGCAUCGAGUAUCCCAUUGGAUAUAAGGUGCCCUGCUCGUGUGCUCUUCCUCGGGGUCUCUGGCCUGGACAGGUCAUCGUAUUGCGGGCACUGGUCUUGUCAGAGCCAAAGGACUUCACACUGAGCCUGAGUGAUGAGGCUGCGCACGUGCCUGUGACGCUUAGGGCUUCCUUCGCAGACAGAACUCUGGCCUGGAUCUCGCCCUGGGGAUGCAAGAAGCUUAUCUCAGCCCCCUUCAUCUUCUACCCACAGCGAUUCUUCGAGGUGCUGCUCCUAUGCCAGGAGGGAGGCCUGAAGCUGGCGCUCAAUGGGCAGGGCCUGGGAGCCAUCAGUCUGCACCAGCAGGCCCUAGAGCAGCUGCGGGAGCUCCGGAUCAGUGGCAGCGUCCAGCUCUACUGUGUCCACUACUGA